CCUUCGCUGCUGGCGCUGAGCCUCCCUCCCUCAGGACGCCGAGUUCACCUUCCUGCUGCCGGCCGGGCGCCGGGAGUGCUUCUACCAGUUCGCCCCGGCCACAGCUCAAUGGAGGUCGAGUACCAGGUUAUUGGUGGGGCCGGGCUGGAUGUGGAUUUCUCCUUGGAAAGCCCUUCAGGCUCAUUGCUAAUUGAUGAAUAUCGGACAUCAGAUGGGGUGCACACCGUUGAACCCAUAGAGAGUGGAGAUUACAAGCUGUGCUUUGACAACUCCUUCAGUACCAUCUCAGAGAAGUUAGUGUUCUUUGAACUAAUCUUCGAUAGCCCCCAGGAUGAUGAAGAUUUGAAUCAAUGGGCGGAAGUGGCCGAACCAGACGAAAUGCUUGACAUUAAGAUAGAAGAUAUUAAGGAAUCUAUUGAAACCAUGAAGAGCCACCUUGAGCGGAGUAUCCAAAUGCAGGCAUUGCUACGUGCCUUUGAAGCACGGGACCGCAAUUUGCAGGAGAACAACCUGACCCGGGUCAACUUCUGGUCAGCUGUCAACCUCAGUGUGCUGGUGGUGGUAUCCUUCCUCCAGGUGUAUAUGUUGAAAAGCCUUUUUGAAGACAAGAGGAGAGUCUGGACGUAACAGAAAGAGAAACUGACUCCCCCACCCCGUUGGUAGCUGUGGGAUCCAAGACCAGUGCCAGCACUCAUAUUGCCAAAGCUUAGUACUGCCAGAAUUCACCACCAAUUCAAUUUUGAGUUCUCUGCAGAAGGGGUUCAAGGAAUAUGGGCAGGAUAAGGGCAGGAAUUAGAAUGGGGGCAUGUAACAUCCACACGUGGAGCAGUGGCUGUGGCAAAGGGCAAAACAGGAGCAUGUGGAAAUUGUUAAAAGGACAAGUAGGAGUAGAGGAGACAUCUGUUGGGUGAGAGCAGACCUGAAUAAGAACACCAGGCAACUUCAGUGCCUCCUCUGCUUCAGUAGCUCUUCUGUUGACAACGAAGGAUGCAGGGUGUCCUAAAUACUAUAGUUUGCAAGGGGUUUGUCCGUUGGCCUUAAUCCUGGAUAUUCUGCAUCAGACUGGAUCCAUGUGUGCCUUAACCAGAGGUGCUAGCCUGAUUAGAAGUAGGUGUGCCCCUACUCUUCUGUAGUGAAAACGUUCUUAGCCCUUCCUCUGUUUUGAAUUUCCUCGCCCAAAAAUGCUCCACAGUAUUUCAAAACAUUAAGAAUUUCCCUGGCUAGCUUUGAUGAUCUUUGCCCUCCAUGAUUGUCUGCCAUUCCUUUCUAGGCAUGGAUACACAAGGAAUAUGUGCAAUUGCUGAAGAGAUUGUUGACAAAGCUUUAGUUCCAGCAGUCUGGUAAGGAUGAGGUGGAAAGGGCUGCUGGUAGUCUCAUUUGGAUUACCCACCUCCCCUCCCUUGGUCCAGAAUUCUUACGUAUGAAUUCUUACAUACAUUAUUCACAUAUGAAAUGUGAAACAUUUCUUUCCCUGGAAGGGGAAAAACCCAUUGCAUUUCAAAAUUACCUGUUUAGGUGUCUUCAGAUAUUAGAAUUCAGUAACAAAUAGCUUCUCUUGGAUUUACUUGGAACUGACAUUCAUAGUUUAUGAGUUACUAAUGCAAUCUGAGUCCAUACUGUUUUUUGUCCUCAGGUUGAUACUACAGUACUUGCAAUUUUUUAGCUGGUCCUCAGAUAUGAGGUCCCUUUCACAUGACCAUUCUAGUACAGUACUAUGGUUCCUCUUUAAUUGCCAUGGCACCAUUCCGUAAAAUGAUGGGAUUUGCAGUUUGGUCAAUUCUCUGCCCAAGAAUUCUAAAUGCCCCUCCCUCAACUGCAGUUCCCACCAUUCCUUUGGACAAAACCAUGACCAUUGAAGUAAAAUCAUAGUGCUAUAACAAUACAGUGUGAAAGGGGCCAGAGAUAUUUCAGUCGUGUGAUAUGUGCAUAUAUUUCUAUGAUGGUAGCAGAUCCCUAUCUUUAUAUAAUAAUCAGGAGAGAUCUGUGUUGGGUAACAGUGGGUGAGACGCCAAAUCCUUCCAAUCUGCUGCUACCUGUGUUACUCUCUAGACCCUCCAUGAUCCUUUACCCACUAGCUGGGCUCCAGUUCAGGAAAUAAACUGGGCUAGAAGAGCAAGUGUAAGAGGAGUGGCGGUGAGGGUGAGGAGGAUUAUGAACAAAGCAAGAAUUUAGCAGCCCCUUCACAUUUGGCACUGCAUCCCUGCCAUGACUUUACACAAUGUUAGGGUGAGAUUCCUUAUAGCUUGAACCUUGGCUCUUUCAUCUCAUUGGCAAUGAAUUGAAUGAUCAAGAGCAAAUGAUGUCUUGCCCCAACAGCCAUAUUCUAAUGCGGAGUUAAUUUCACUUUCUCCUACAUAUGAUAAGUGUAUGAUAAAAUUUACUUGAAUAUAGCAACAUGUAAGGCCUAGGCUGGUUUUUCAUGGUACUAUGCCUUGAGCAGGACAGGCUCCUAGUGGUUUUGGAAGCUGCAUCCAAAGGCGGGUGAUGGUAGGAAAAUAAUACAUGCUGAAAUAUUUUAGGCUUUUUUGGGCUUCCUCACCUUACAGAACAACUGACAUAGUGUUAACGAGAGAGACUGCCAACAUUGACUCCUUUGAAUGUCAGUGUUUCUGGUUCAAUAAAUUGUCUUUUGAAUUA